UGAUGAAACGAUUGUUUGUAGACCCGGCGUGAGCGCCAGUGUGGUGACUGAUACCGAAGUGAGACCACGCGAGUUAGUGAUACGAUUAUUACAAUUUUCGAUUUAUUUUGGCGAUAGCAACGAAGUAUUUUUAGUGCAUUAACCACAGCAGAGAAAUCACUAUGAUAACCUUAGCGGUGGUUGUCAUUCUACUGGUGUCCUUGUACUUGUACAAUACAAGGACAUUCAAGUACUGGGAACAAAGAGGUAUCAAACAUGACAAGCCGCUUCCUCUGUUCGGAAACAAUCUAAAGGGUUUCCUCUUCAUAAAGAGUGUGACACAGGUCGCUCACGAAAUGUACUUGAAGUAUCCAACUGAAAAAGUUGUAGGAUUCUUCCGGUCGACACAACCCGAAUUAAUCAUCAGAGACCCGGAGAUCGCUAAGCGUAUCCUCAUGACUGACUUUGACUACUUCUGGCAAAGAGGCAUUACGCCACACAAGACUGUGUUUGAACCUCUUAAUCAGAACUUGUUCUUUGCUGACGGAGAUAUUUGGAAGCUGCUGCGCCAGAGGAUGACGCCUGCCUUCACUUCAGGGAAGCUCAAGGCCAUGUUCCCGUUAAUCGUGGAGAGAGCAGAGAGGUUGAAAGUACGUGCGCUGGCUGCCGCCGACGAAGGUAAAUCAAUCGAUGCUCGAGAUCUAAUGGCGAGGUUCACGACCGACUUCAUAGGGGCUUGUGGCUUUGGACUCGACACAGACACUUUAAAUGAUGAAAACUCAGCGUUCAGGAAACUUGGAAUCAAAAUAUUUAAAUUUGGCGCGAAAGACAUUUUAAAAGGUAUCGCAAAAGAAUUGUUCCCAGAAAUCUUUAAGAAUUUGAAAGUAUGGGUCCGCUUAGAAGGCGACAUGAAUGAUCUGGUCGGAGAAAUAUUGCGCCAGAGGAACUACAAGCCGAUCGGGAGAAACGACUUUAUAGAUUUGAUGUUGGAAUGCAAACAGAAAGGGACCAUGGUUGGGGAAUCUAUUGAGAAGAGGAAACCUGACGGAACACCCGAGAGGGUCAGCUUGGAGUUCAAUGAUGGACUCAUCGGCGCUCAAGUGUUCGUAUUUUUCGCUGCAGGAUUUGAAACAUCGUCUUCUGCAACUAGUUUCACUCUGCACGAAUUAGCAUUUAACCAAGACGUCCAGAAGAAGGCUCAGAAUGAGAUCGACCGCGUGUUAGCUAAACAUAAUGGACAACUGUCAUACGACGCCAUCAAAGAGAUGACUUACUUGGAAUGGGUGUUCAAGGAAGGACUCCGCAUGUUCCCAUCUCUUGGCUUCCUGCUAAGAAGGAGUACAAGACCUUACACAAUCCCAGAACUAGGCGUCACUAUUGAUGAUAAUGUGAAAGUCUUGAUUCCGCUGCAGUCUCUCCACAACGACCCUAAGUACUUCCCAGAGCCUGAAGAGUUCCGCCCGGAGCGGUUCGACCCUGAGGAGUUCGACUCCAACAACAAAUACGUGUAUCUGCCGUUUGGAGAGGGACCCAGAGCUUGUAUAGGAGCUCGUCUCGGUCUGAUGCAGUCGCUGGCUGGUCUGGCGGCGGUGCUGUCCAGCUUCACGGUGGAGCCGGCGCCGGAGACUGUCCGUCGUCCAGUCGUCGACCCCAAGUCCGCCAUCGUACAGAGCAUAGCUGCUGGACUCCCGCUGAAGUUCAUCGCCAGGAAAAAGUAAACGAACAACAUCAAUCAGGUCUUAUAAACGACUGUUGUCAAGUUAUUUCAAGAUUAUGUUAAAUUUUGUAAGGCGGUUUCAUAAUUGUUUGAUAAUGGUGUCGAAUCGCUCGCUAUAUUUUUAUGUUUAAAAACUCAUUUAAAGAAAAACGUCGAUCUCCUUUAGUCUUCCAUUCUAGCUUAUAACUAUUCAUGCGUUUCUAUAAAAGUCACGUCAAGGUGUUUGUCUUCAUUGCUUCUAUAUACGUAUAAUUUUUCUCUAGUCUGUCAUUCUAAUCGUAUCAAAGGCGGACAUAAAUACUUUUUUUCUUUAGAUAGGGUUUAAAAACUAAUUUAAUUUUCUUUUAACACAUUAACUUACUAAUUAAAUUUAAACACAUAGGGCUCACUCCUAUAACUGGUAUGGUUUCAUUUAGUCGUUUCUAAAACGGUACCUUUAAACCAACAAUUAAUGCAAGUGUGGUCAGCUGACAAUCAAGCUUAGUUCCACAAUUGGCGUUGACAACUUGAAAGUCCGAAGUAAGCUUACUGUUAAUCCCAAUUGAAUAUGAUUAUAUGUUAUUGAGACUAUCAAAAUGAUAAAAGGAAGCAUAAUAUUAGCAUUAAGCUAAUAUUCAUCUAUUUAUCAAUUAAACAAGAAUAUACCUGCUUAUAUCAUACGUGAGAGCCACAGGUGGAUGAACAACACAAUAGUAGAUACUUUGUAACGCGGAAAAUUCUGCUCACAAAUAGAUAAGAAUAGAUAAUUUUAAUUAUGGUAAUUUUAAUCUCUCUUGUUAGGAAGCUCCGAAACUAACCGUAACUGGUACAGGAACCGAUAAUGACUUGUUUCGAAUGUUUUUGGUUAGGGGCGAAGAUUACCUAGAAUACUAUGUGAAAGGUUCUAGUUGGUUGUGCCGGUCCUCAAAAAAUAAAUCGGAACAUAAACUGUACCGACGUCAAAAUAACAGGUAUCUAAGUUUUUCAUAAUAAUUUAGCUCGUUAAUUCAAUUACCAGGUCAGCAUAAUAGCCGGAAAAAGA